AUGGCCGCCUCCUGGAGAUGCCGGUCUGAAGUAAUGACCGGGCUUUUGUGGAGGACGUGGGCCCCUGCCCGUUGUGGGAGCCGGCGAUCGGCGCUGCUGUGGCCCCGGACACGCCUGGGUGUGAGCAGCCGUGCAGCCAGCGGCUCAGUGUGUGUGGAGAUUGGAGAGAGAAAGAUGGAAAUUGCUUCUGGCAAACUUGCUCGCUUUGCAGAUGGAUGCGCUGUAGUGAAGGUAGACUACAGGCAAAAAGCUGCAGCUGCAGGAAGGAUCCCGACAAAUCAUCUACGAAGAGAACUCGGCUCAACACCUCAUGAAAUUCUUACCAGCAGAAUAAUUGAUCGGUCAAUCCGUCCCAUGUUUCCAAAUGGCUACUUUUAUGAUACGCAGAUCAUCUGUAAUUUAUUGGCGGUGGAUGGUAUUAAUGAACCUGAUAUAUUGGCCAUAAACGGAGCUUCUACUGCACUUGCACUGUCAGACAUACCAUGGAAUGGACCUGUUGGUGCCGUUAGAAUUGGUCUGGUUGAAGGAAGUUUUAUUGUAAAUCCUACCAGAAAACAGAUGGCAUCUAGUUUAUUAAACUUGGUUGUCACUGGGGGCCUGCAAAGUCAAGUAGUAAUGCUUGAAGCUGCAGCGGAAAAUGUGUUGCAACAGGAUUUUUGUCAUGCUGUGAAAAUGGGAAUCAAACAAACGAAUCAAAUAAUUCAGAGUAUACAACAGUUAGUCAAGGAACAUGGAAAGCCAAAGCGCACUGUACAGAAGAUGUUCACACCUUCCGAAGAGAUUGUCGAAAUUGCAAGAAGGCUUGCAUCUGAGAAAAUCCAUGCAGUGUUUUCUGAUUACUCCCAUGACAAAAUCUCUAGAGAUGAAUCUGUUAAAAAGAUCAGACUUGAAACCGAAGAAGUGCUAAGAGAGAAAUUCCCAGAAGCUGAUCCGUUUGAAAUAAUGGAGUCUUUCAGUGUUGUGUCUAAAGAAGUUUUCAGGAACAAAAUUUUGAAUGAAUACAGAAGGUGUGAUGGCAGAGAUCUUACAUCACUCCGAAAUAUCACUUGUGAAGUGGACCUAUUUGAACCUCUCCACGGCUCUGCAUUAUUCCAGCGUGGCCAAACGCAGGUUUUGUGUACAGUUACAUUUGAUUCCAUGGAAUCCAGUCUGAAAGUUGAUCACAUAGCAACAGCAUUAAGUGGUGUGAAAGAUAAGAACUUUAUGCUUCAUUAUGAGUUUCCACCGUAUGCAACAAACGAGAUUGGCAAGGUGGGGAUGAAUAGGAGAGAGCUGGGCCAUGGUGCUCUUGCAGAAAAAGCUCUAAGACCAAUCAUUCCAAAGGAUUACCCCUUCACAAUAAGAGUGACUUCUGAAGUACUAGAGUCAAAUGGUUCCUCCUCUAUGGCCUCUGCAUGUGGUGGCUCUUUAGCAUUGAUGGAUGCAGGUGUACCAAUUUCUGCUCCAGUUGCUGGUGUUGCAGUUGGAUUAGUUACAAAAGUCAAUACAGACAAUAAUGAAAUUGAAGAUUACCGACUACUUACAGAUAUAUUGGGUAUUGAAGAUUACAAUGGCGAUAUGGAUUUUAAAAUGGCUGGCACCACAAAGGGUAUAACAGCCUUGCAGGCAGACAUCAAACUCUCAGGGUUACCUUUGAAGGUUGUUAUGGAAGCCAUCCAGCAGGCAAGUGUAGCCAAAAAAGACAUUUUGCAAAUAAUGAAUAAAACAAUUGCAAAGCCCAGAGCGCAGAAGAAAGAAAACAGCCCUGUCAUAGAAAAUGUCAACGUGCCUUUAUCCAGGAGGGCGAGAUUUGUUGGUCCUGGAGGAUAUAAUUUAAAGAAACUUCAAGCUGAAACAGGAGUAACGGUGAGCCAAUUAGAUGAUGAAGUGUUCUCUGUUUUUGCUCCAACACCCAGUGCUAUGCAAGAAGCCAGAGAGUUCAUCAGUGAAAUCUGCAAAGAUGAUCAAGACUUUGCCCUGGAGUUUGGAGCUAUAUACACAGCCACCAUAACCGAGAUCAGGGAUGUUGGUGUAAUGGUCAAACUAUACCAAAAUAUGACUCCUGUUUUACUUCACAAUUCACAGCUCGACAAUCGAAAGAUAAGACAUGCUAGUGCACUAGGUUUUGAAGUCGGUCAAGAAAUUCAGGUGAAAUAUUUUGGUCGCGAUCCGACUGAUGGGAGAAUGAGAUUGUCUAGAAAAAUUCUUCAGACUCCAGCUAGUCCUGUGAUCCAAACUGUCAGUGACAGAAAUAGUAUUACUAUGGGAAGUGGUGACUCUUCAACUUAAAGCAGACCCAGAGACCUCAGCUGCUGUUGGUAUAAAUGGACAGUUUGU